UACAAUAUGGUCGAACAUUUACGACAAUGGAUAGAGAAAAAUAGUCAACCGAAAAGGUAUAACUUCCCCAGACCAUGUAUCAGACGUGAACCCAGUCGCUGGGCUAAACGUGGUCCAAUGGCGCGAAAAGAUUGGGUAAGAUUUUAUAAUUGGGCAGCGAAGAAUGCCACACCCAAACCACCCUAUCAACCCAAAAUCCGCAGUAAAGAUAAGGAAAAGGAGAAAAAGUCGGAAACCAAAGAUCCCAUACCAUUUGAAGAGCUUUUGGAACAUGCUGAAAAAUUGGCCACACCUAGAACUCGCCGCCAGAAAUAUGAAUAUCCUCGAAUGUCCUAUCGCCAGUGGCGUGAACAUAAACGCCGACUGGAGUAUUUGGCCAAACCUAUUUAUCGUCCUGUUAUUGAUUAUUAUUAUUCUUAG